AUGUCCAUCUCCACUCCCCAUCUUAAUGGCCUCAUCAACGGCUACAGCGGCAGGCGUCUCCCCAUGUACUUGGCCGACCUCGAAGAAGGUGACUGGAACGGCAACUGGGACUUAGCCUCUGCCUGUGCUGAGGCUCGCUGGCAGGUGGAGCGCCAGCUCAACCCUGACGUGCCGGCGGACUGCUGCGCAGGCGCCAUCGUGUACCGUGGCUUGCACAUCCGCCUGAUUCCCGUCGUAAACGGCCAGGCGCUAGAGCCGUUCGAGUCCGAAGGCGCGGUAGAGUGGGUAUCAGAAAGUCAGGAAUUCGAGGACGCGUUUGAUACAUCUAUCGAUGCACUGGCUCAAGUUGAUUGA